CGUGUCGUGAGGAUUACGGGGAAAUGACAUUCACCCGGAGCCGACGAAGCUUAAGCAUCGCGGCGCGAAGAUAGGGACGAUUUGCGGUGCAGCGGGUAAGUAGCGGGGUUUCGAUUCGAGGAGCUAUUGAUUGGUGGCCUGUGCGCGCCCCACCAAACUAAAACUUAAAGAUUUCUCCGCGUCCAAUUCCGAAUCACCGGCCCGUCGACGAACACUUAAGUACCCAUUCACGUCCGUACCGAACGGCUUCAUGGAGCGUCUAUUCGUUCGCUCGACAUUACGCCUAGCUGCAGUACAUCUCCAGCGACCACGAAUUGUACCCGUGGCAAUACGAUGGAGUUCCUCGCAACCGGAGGUGGCAUCCCCACGUUCGCUCGUGAAAGAGUUGCGGGACAGAGGCCUCGCUGAGAGCAUCACUGGACCGGAAGGCCAGCUCAGCUCUCUCGUGGACUCGCAACCAGUGGUGGUGUACGCCGGUGUUGAUCCCACCGCAAGCUCGCUCCAUGUCGGCCAUCUACUCCCAUUGAUGAACCUUCUCCACUUCUACCUCCACGGCCACCACGCGAUCGGCCUCAUCGGGAAAGCCACCGCGUCCGUGGGCGAUCCUUCGGGGCGAACCACCGAGCGCGAUUCGAUCGAAGCGGAACGGAUACGGCACCAGUUCGAGAGUCUCUGGGCGCAGAUUGGGCGGUUCUUCGAGCGCGGUCAGUCGUACGCGAUUUCCCGCGGAUACGACCAGGCGAAGAUGGGAACGACGGAGCUGGUGACGAACGGCGAGUGGCUGGAUGGGCUCGGAAUGGUCGAGUUCUUGAGCACUAUCGGGAGACAUGUCAGGGUCGGCCAGAUGCUGGCAAGGGAAAGCGUCAAGGCUAGAAUGGAAUCUGCGCAGGGCAUCAACUAUGCCGAAUUCACAUACCAGCUGUUGCAGUCCUACGACUUUUGGCAUCUGCAUCGGACCAAAGGCUGUAGAUUACAGAUUGGAGGCAAUGACCAGUAUGGAAACAUCACUGCUGGAAUCGACUUAAUAUCCCGCAUGCGCAAGAGCGCUGGUCAGGGGUUGGCUGACCAAUUCGAUCCCGCAUACGGCUUGACCGUUCCGCUACUCACGACGGCAUCUGGAGAAAAGUUCGGAAAAUCGGCUGGCAACGCAGUGUGGCUCGAUGAGAAGCUUACUACGCCGUUUGAGCUGUAUCAAUACUUCGUGAAGUUGCCGGACGAGGUAGUGGAGAAGCAUCUCAAGAUCUUCACACUCCUCUCCCCCUCCCAAGUGGCAACGGCUAUGGAGAAACACACCGCUGCUCCCGAGGCACGAGCUGCCCAGAUUCUCCUGGCAAAUGAGGUGGUGACUCUCAUCCAUGGCGAAAGCAAAGCCACCCAGGCAUCGAUCCAGACACAGCUUCUCUUCCCUCCCAGCUCAAGCGCUAUGCAGUUUUCCGCACAGCAAAUCAUCGAUGCCUUUGACGGCGACGGAAGAUUGAUCGAUGUGCCGAAGACGGAGCUGGUUGGUGAGAUGGUGAGUAAAGUCAUGCGGCGGGUAGGCGCAGUGAAGACCAGAAGCGAGGCGGACAAUAUCAUCCGAGGAGGCGGUGUUUACUACGGGCAGGAGGGCAAGAGGAUAGACGAUAUGAAGGCUAGUGUUCAAGAGGAUUGGUUGCUGGAUGGCCGGAUCCUGCUGCUGAGGAUCGGCAAAGGGAGGUUUGCGAUUGUCCGAGCCGUGUAGUGAGCCGCUGGUGGCUCUCCACCCUGCGUUGUUUCCGCUCGAAAGAUACCAAAUCUCAAUCACCUCAUAGAAUCUCCUAAGCACAAAAUAGAGUGCCUGCGUAACUACUUGUACCGUUCGUAAGUAAGGAAGUAUUGUACAUACAUCUUAUGUGUUUUCCUUACGAUGACUUUCCGACGGUACUCAGAG